GGAGCUCCUUCUGUACAGCCUCCGUUACGCCAGUCUCUGUAUUUCGCUCUCGUCCAUGGCUUCUUACGUAGCCAGCGUUACUAUGACAACCGCGUCCUACACUCGCAGCCGACCUGCAGACACGGAACAUCGAGAGAAAUUUUCUAUCCACACUUAAAAGAUGAAUAACUGUGAUCUUGAAAAACUUUCUGUUCCUGGAGUGAAGCUGGUGCCUCCUUUCAGACCAGAUAUUACAAGCUAUAAUGCAACAGUGCCUAGUCAAAUAACGCAAAUUACUUUGGAUAUGUAUCCCAGUGACACAGGAGCCUCAUGCGCAUUGCUGGGAGGUGGCAGCUCAAAGUGUGUGACAUUGAAAGAUGGGCUUAAUAAUAUAGUAGUUGAGGUGACAGCAGAAGAUGGAACGGAAAAGAACUAUAUUCUAGAGGUUACUAAGAUGUCUGCAAGCCAGGCUUCACUCCAGGAUAUCAAGCUUCCUGAGGACCUGAAACUAAUUCCAUCUUUUCUUCCAGACGUGUAUGAAUAUUCAUGCACAGUUCCAUUUUUCCAGGACUCUAUCACAAUCCAUCCGUUUUUUGUGGAUAAGAAAAUGAGUGUAAAGCUUAAUGGAUCUGAUGAUAUUAAACCCAUUCCUCUUGCCUUUGGGGACACACUUAUAGAACUUCAAGUGACGUCGGCAGAUGGCACUAGAUCCCAGGUUUAUAGCCUCAUUGUUACUCGUUCCGCGCUGCCAUGCUGUGUCCACUUUGUGGACCCUCAAGAUCAAGUGAAUUAUGAGUGUCCGAUUUCUCUGACUGCUUUUUACAGACCUGUCUGCAUCAAAGGAAGUGAUCCCAAACACAUUAUCUCAGGUCCAUACAUGGAUCUACUAACAAGAAGAUCAAAAACAGACCCCCUGGAUGAAACGCCCCUUCAAGAGAACUGGAGGGUUCCUGAGUAUGAAUUAGACAUGAAAAUGUCGGCAGCAAUUGUCCGAUGUAUUUUUGCUUAUCGAGGCUGCAGCAGCGUUAUAAAACUUUCUGAAUUUGGUCAUCAUGCGCAAAGUUGUUCGUUUAAACCACAGACUGAACUAGAUGCCAAGGAUGUUACAGAAACGGAUUGGUACAAAGAAUUCUGUGCUACCAAAAAAUGUGAGCAUCUCCUAAAACAUACUGUACAGGAGAAGAGCUGGGAAAAGAAGUUACAGCAAGAGAGUGAAGACAGUCCGAUGGAUAAACUGUGCGCUCAGGCAGAACAACAGAUAGUUCUGUAUAAACAAUGUCUCUCUAUACCAGGCGAUGCGCUUCAUUACCAAGAAGGAACGUCACCCCUGGAUGCUCUUCAUCAGGCCGCAGUGGCUUAUGCUUCGGCAAUCAAACUGAAGCCCAGAGAUGCCAAGCUCCAUUUCCAACUUGGCAUGGUGUUAGAAGAACAUUAUUAUGCGGAAAAAAUAUAUGGCCUGAGGAAAAAAAGCGAAGAGCAUGCGCCAGAUUUUAGUAAUGCAAAAUCAACGGGAAAAGAUGAAGAAAUCCUGGCUAUUUGCAAACUUCAUGGCUUUUCAGGAAAACCAAGUGUUGAACAACAGUUAAAAGCAUUAGAUGCAGAAUAUCAUCAACUCAAAGAGCAGGGACAGUCCGGCAAAGCGGAUACCGUUCAGAAUCUUUUUGCAUGGAAGUCAAAGCAGGCUGGAAAGACAGGAGCCUUUUCCAUAGAUGAAGAGAACCCAUUAACUCAAGCUUUUCUAAAGUAUGAAGACGCUUUGUGCCUGGACCCGAGUAACUGGCUAUACAAUCUUCACGUGGGCAGACACCUGUUAUUACAGAAUAACAAGACAGAUGCGCUGUUACUGCUACAGAACGCUCUGGCACUUAAUCCAGCCUCUGCGAUCGCCAGGUGUUAUGUUGGUCUGGCCUACUUAGAGCAGGAUGAUGCAUCAAACCCAAAAAUACAGGAAUCAAUACUGUACCUUCACCAGGGACUGGAAAUGAUGCUCAGUGGACUCCUUACAUCAUCAGAUUGCACAAAACUGCUUCAGGUGAAUAAUCUCUUCUGUUUGCUAAAUUUUCAACUUCUUGGAGGAUUUCUGAAAUUGGGGAAAUUACUUAAGAGAAAUGUGUUACAGCCAUCUCAUCACAUCAUGCCGGCUAUACAAAUUCUUCAUAUAGUUGCUGAUUGGACGGCAAAGGGGCUGCAUCUGUGCCCCCCAAAAGGAGAGAUCACCCAGGGGUUAGAGAGGGUCCUGCAAGGGUCAUGUUACAGUCUUCUUGAACAUCUUGUUCAAGAUGCGCCACACCAACAGGACUGGAUUAGAAUGAGAUGCCAAGCAAUGUCUGCACUCAUACGUCUCACCUCCAUACCUGAGUGUAAGGAACUUUUGGAUAUGCAGGAAAAGGUUUGCCGGCUUGGUGUCAUUGCAUCUCCCUGCAACAGCUACUCACUCUACUUAUUAGGGCUUGCACAGCUGGCCCGGUAUGAUAAGUCUUCUUCUGAGGAUGCCCAAAGUGUUCUCCAAGAUGCCAUGCUCAGCUUUAAAGCCAGUAUAAGUCUGGAAAAUAUGCCAACCAAAGGACCAGCUCCACCUGAAUUAACAAAUCAGAAGUGGUGGCAAGAGUUCAAGGCUGCAGAAGAAGAGAAAAAACAGAAGGAGUUGAACAAAGCAUGUGAAGCAGAUAAACCUGUAGCAUUCCCUGCUGCAUCUACAAAGAGAGCCAGUAAAGGAAGAGGAGCGACUCCAGUAUCCAGAGGAGCAAAUACCACAUCCAGACCCUGUCCUGUCUCUAAGAAAACAGCUACAUCAACACCUACAGCAAAAGUCACAAAACCCGUGGCCCCCUCCAUAGCCAGAGGGCAGGGCACACCAGGCUCAUUAAAACGUACUGUGGCUGUAACUUCUAAGCCAAAAGCUCCAGUCAAUAUCAUCAGCUCUGGAAAACCUGCUGAAACACAACUAUCUUCAGCGGAGAAACCCCCAUCAACAGACGUGGAGCUUGUGCCGGUUCAAGCUGUUGCGUCUGGAUCAAUAUCUCUGAAUCGACGUUCCUUUGUAUAUCGCCUGGGUUUAGCACGAGCACUUUCUCGCUCCAAGGAAACAGCUGAAGAUGCUACAACUCUUUACAGAGAAGUCAUUAAUAUGGCACCAGAGGUUCCCGAUGCCUAUAUAGAAUUGGCAGAUCUCAUUUCCAACACAGACCCUCUUGCGGCUGUGGAUGUUUAUUGCCAGUAUCCCCAAAAACCAGCUGAGGAACAAUCGUUUGACGAUGCGUUUAUUCCUGGAGAGAUUAUACGUCUACUUAUGAAAUGUGAAAAGUAUGAUGACCCACGUUUACCUACCAACAUGAUAUCAUACGGGAAAGUCAUGGGAAUAGGCUGUUUGGAAAAGUAUAUUGGAAUUCUUGACGAUAAACUGAAAACCAACCUCCUCAAGACCGUCUAUGCAGGCAUCCAUAACAAGCCAGUUGAUGACGAAGACCUCCAGAAUUUCUUUCGUUUUAAAUGUUGGAUUUGAGAAGACUGCACACAAAUUGUAAGAUAUACUGUCUAUUAAAACCAUCCUCUGCAUAUUGCAACUAAGUGCAGUACAAUUAGUCUUGCUCCAAAUCUACUGCAAACUCUCUCUGAAUAAACUAUUGAGACUUUUUUGAUCAAUGCAAUAAAUACAUAAAGAAAAACAUGUAAAGGGGUUUGCUAGUCUGCACCCUAUAACUAAAUUCUUCUACAAACAUAUUUUUAUCAUCACUUUCUCAUUUUAUGUUAAAGAACACUUAUCAUUUUGGUCUUAAAUAAAACAGAACAAUGCUUAUAAUAUAACGUG